AUGGAUGAGCAUUUCGAGCGUCCCGCAAAACGCCAGAAGCAGGACGGCUUGUCACAGUCUCCCGAAGCCUCCAACUCCGCCAAGUUCCCGCCUGUCGCCAGAUCUCAGUCCUCCCGCCCCGUCUCCGAAGAACCCCAACGAGCUAGCUCAAAGUCCGAAGCGGGCUCCGAUUCUCCUGCUAUUCCUCUGCUCUACAAGCAGCCUGCCUGUCAGAGAUGCAGGAGCAAGAAGAUCAAGUGUGAUGCUUUAUCACCACAAUGUACUGCUUGUAAAAAGGCCAACGAAGCAUGCACAAUCGCCAACCCCACCAGCCAUCAGGAAUACCAUAGAGGAUACGUCGAGUCGCUAGAAGAUCGCAUAAGCCAGUUGCAGUCGUACAUGCAAAGCAUCUCUCGUAUAACCAGUCUCGACGAAGCCGCUCUCCAUGACGACUCUCUUGUUAACAGCUCUCCGAAAGGCGGGAUCACUCGCCCCGAGUCUCUUAUCCCUCACGGCCCGGGUAUCCAGCGAAUCAAUCAAAAGGACAAGGAUGCCAACGACCGCGAAGCCAGAUUCAUUGGCGAGGGAAGCGGAAUCAACUUUAUCAAUUCGAUUUUGGCAGCUAUCCGAACUCGCCAUAGCGAUAUAAACCUUCUCCGUUCAUUGCUCUCCUCCAAGAAGAAGUCCUCUGCCAAGGCUCCAGCCGGCAAGUCAAGCUUCAGUCAGCAACGCUCGACCCCGCCCAAUCCACCACCCCGGGAUCUCGGUCUCCAACUCCUUCGUACCUACCUCGAGAAAGCCCAACCAAAACAUCCCUUCAUCGCCCGAUCCGAGAUUGUCCGGGUUUGUGAAUCUCUUUUGGGAAUCCGCAAUGCUCGUCCAUUGUCUUCCCAAGAUCAUUUCCGCGCCUAUAUGGUGUUCGCAAUUGCUUCGGUAUGGCAUUUCCGACAAGGUGAAAAGGAUACCGUCAAUCCCAUGAAGUUCUAUGCCAAUGCUAUGUUCUAUAUCGAUGGUAUUCCUCGUCUCCAUGGAGUAGAUGGUGUUACAAACCUUCUUUUCAUUGCCCGUCUCGGUUUCUUCUGCACAACUGGUCUUAGCCUUUGGUACAUUUCGAAUCUUUGUCUACGUAUAUGUGUUGAAAAUGAGAUGCACUUGAAUCCUCCUCGCAGCAAGUUUACGCCUUCGAUGCCUGCCUUUGAGGAGCAAAUCAGACGCCGCCUCUUCUGGCAAUGCUACUCUCUUGAUCGCCACGCCUCGCAAACCCUCGGGCGCCCUUUCGGUAUCUCAGAUGAAGACAUCAAAGUUGACCUACCUGAAGACGUUGACGAUGAGAAGCUCAUUGGCGUAGCUGAGGAUUUACCAACAUUUAUGUCCCACUAUACACCGAAGCAUACAGGAAAUAUCAAAUCUGAACUUGCAUUCUUUAUUCACAAUAUUAAAUUGAAGAAGAUUACAUCUCGGAUGAACGUUGCCCUCUUCGGACGAUUUUUGCAUCAGCCGAAAGACCAUAUCGCCGAUGUCCUCGCCCCUGGGAAGAUGUACACAUUUUUCGAAGACUUCGUUAUCGAACUCGAAGAAUGGCGUAUCACCGCUCCCACGACACCGCCAGUAAGUGCGGUUCCAAUGAGUCGAGCAUACGUUAGUCAAGAUUGGUUCGACCUACACUUCUACCAAGAGAAAUUGACUCUCGUUCGAGCGAUCAUUGACCUCAUCCCCCGCCCCACUGGCCACCCGCCGAGUGAUCUUCUUGACAUCUGCUUUGUCACUGCUACCAGGAUCAUCAAGCUAUAUCAGAAAGAUUCCGCAAUGGGUGAUAUAGAACCUGCUAGAGGUCGCUUAUAUAGAGUUUUCGUGGCAGGUAUCAGUGUGCUCUACUGUUUGCUGCUUACCCAGCAAAGAACCCGAGACGAGCAGAGUGAUAUCAUCUUACCGAGUAUUCAAACUACCCGGGCAAAUGAUGCAGCCUUGCUACAGGAACAAAAAGAAAUGUUAAGGACAUGCCAACGGACCCUAGAGUUGAUGGCGAAGCCAUUGAUUGACGACGGCAGCGGGUUGAAAUAUGUCCGGACUUUCGAGGUUCUCUGCCGCGAGGUUUUGAGGAGAGUGAAUAGUGACAGCAACGCUGCCGCCAGAAGCCCGACUGCUGUCAAGCGGAAGAUUGCAGCUGCCACUGGCAACGGAGGUGGUCCUGGUAGGCCAGACCCCGAGAAAAGGGGCAGAAGACAAAGUACCAUUGAAGUCGGCGGUGAAGGAGAGUUCGGAGGCGCAAGUCCGCCUUCCGGAUACGAAAAGAUACACGUUCAGAAUGGUAAUGGUGGUAAUGGAACGUACUCGGCACCAAAUGGGACACCUAACGGAAACUCACCCCAUAGCAGUAGUAAUUCUUGGGCAGGGAUGAGCGACUUUGCGGUUAAUGAACUUGGGGAGUGGUUCUCUGCCGACUACGGCAACGGACAGAAUGGAUCUGGGGGAACAGGAGCAGCCGCAGUGGAUUGGGAUCUGACUGGUGGCGGGAAUGUGGCAGUCGAAAACGGUGUUACCGGAGGAUACGACUAUCAGUGGGAAGGAUUAGGGGCAGAAUGGGCAGGAUUCCUAGAGAUCCUGAUGGAUGGCAAGACGAAUUGA